AUGAGGUCGUUAUAUUCCCCGCUCCGGGCUUGCGUGUACCCCCGCGAUGCCAGUGUCCCACCACGGUCGCGGCUGAUUCUCGACCGAGCGCCGAAUAUACGCACAGGCUGGACAUCCAUUCAGGGUAUCAUUGUGGCCGACGAUGACGAUCGCUUCGUUCCGGAUCUUAUACCCGCUGAGAAGGAGUUGGUUUUCGCCGCGAUGGAGGCUAGCAAUAUGUCCUGGGUCGAGGAGCAUCUGUCAGACUGGAAGACGAAUAUCUAUCGCGCUGAUGCAAAACACAAAGACGUUGGCUUGACUGUCCCGGUAAAUAAGGGCAAUGAGGCUAUGGUAUAUCUGACCUAUAUUAUUGAUCGUUACUGGUCCCUUCCUGAAGUAUCAGUCUUCCUGCAUGGCGGCCGCUACCAAUGGCAUGUCGAUAACCCGCUGUACGACUCCGUGAUCUCUAUCUCCCAUCUCAAUCUAGACUUCAUCCAAGAGGCCGGUUACGUCAAUCUGCGCUGCGCAUGGAGUGUAGGCUGUCCCAGGGAACUCGAGCCCGCUCGCUAUCUCCGCGAGAGACCAGAAGACAGCGGACAUCCCACCGCGGUCGAGUAUCCCGAUCGAUUUAUGGAGUUGUUUCCUCGCGCCGAAGUCCCGGAGGUCGUCGGGACGCCGUGUUGUAGCCAGUUUGCUUUAUCCAAGAAGAAGAUUCACGAGCAGAGUCUUGAGCAUUACGUUCGUUUGCAGCGGUGGCUGAUGGAUACGAAUUUGGACGCGGGCAUCAGUGGGCGUAUUUUGGAGUAUUCAUGGCAUAUGAUCUUUGGAAAACCGGCGCAGUAUUGUCUCGACCAACGUGAAUGUUAUUGCCGGACAUACGGUUAUUGUAAUAUGACCGACAGCGACAUCCAGAAGCAGUGGGUAUGGCGCGGUUUACAGCUGCCAGAAGGAUGGCCAGAACAGAGCGAAACCGCGGAUUAG